AUGUCACCUCCCGGCUCACCCGGAAAGGGUCCAGCAUCAUCGUCCCAGCCAAAAUCACCUCCGCCACCUUUCUACGUUCCAAUUAACAGCGUAUUCUAUCUCUGUCUUCUCUCGAACACUUUGGCCGCAUCACUAGCGCCCAUUCAGGACUGCGAUGAGGUCUACAACUACUGGGAGCCGACACACUACAUGACCCACGGUCACGGGCUACAAACAUGGGAAUAUUCUCCAGAGUAUUCGAUUAGAAGUUGGCUAUACAUCACCAUUCAUGCAGGCAUCGCUAAGACACUCGGGUUCUUCGUGCGGACAAAGUCAGCACAAUUUUAUAUGGUGCGGUUGGCACUUGGCUUCUUCUGCACAGUAUGCGAAACCCGGCUCUUCGCCGCGAUAUCCCGCUCGCUGAACCCAAAAAUUGGAUUAUUCUUUCUUGUGAUUAUGGUAUUCAGCCCCGGCAUGUUCCAUGCCUCUGCUGCGGUGCUUCCAUCCAGCUUUUCUAUGUACAUGUCCAUGCUCGGCCUAGCGGCCUUUCUCAACUUGCAAGGUGGGUGGAAGACAGUUGAAGGCAUUAUUUGGUUUGGUGUUGGCGCCAUGGUUGGCUGGCCAUUUGCGGGUGCUUUGGUUAUACCAUUUUUACUGGAAGAGGCUGCCGUAGCUUGGUCUCUCGGGGAUGUGGUAUCGAUGUUCAAACGGGUCUUUGAAGGAGUUAUGAAAUGUUUGCUGAUCCUGUCGGCUGUCGUUUUGGUGGACAGUUUGUUUUACCGUAAACUAACCCUCGUUCCAUGGAAUAUUGUGGCUUACAACGUCUUUGGGGGUGCUGAUAAGGGGCCCAAUAUCUUCGGAACCGAGCCUUGGACGUUCUAUUUCAAGAAUCUGCUGCUUAAUUUCAACAUCUGGGUCGCACUCGCUCUGGCUAGUGGUCCCCUUCUUGUCCUCCAGGCCCUAUUCUGCCCUCACAAGUCUUCCGCACAAACGCUGUUCAGAACAAUUACCCUGGUCCUGCCGUUUUACAUGUGGUUCACGGUCUUUACUCUGCAACCUCACAAGGAGGAGAGGUUCAUGUAUCCAGCAUACCCAUUCCUUGCCCUAAAUGCCGCCAUCGCCUUCCAUAUUAUCCUAGCAUACAUCGGGACGUCUGAUCCGAAAACACUGGUCGGCAGCAUACCCACCAAAGUUAAGCUUAUCUUCGCGGUUGUUCCCGUCUUACUGGCGGUAAACAUUGGCCUUUUUAGGAUUGCUGGUGUUGUUACGGCGUAUAACGCACCCCUUCAGAUUCUAGAUCCACUUCAACAACCCAACAGUGUACAUCUCGAAGGUUUUGUGUGUUACGGAAAGGAAUGGUAUCGAUUUCCAUCAUCGUUCUUCCUACCGAAUAACAACUUCCGAGCAAAGUUCAUCAAAAGCGAGUUCCGAGGGCUACUCCCAGGAGAAUUUGCAGAGUCAGGUACUGAACUUGGAUACUUUCCCGGAACGUGGACGAUCCCAAAGGGCAUGAAUGACCGAAAUCAAGAAGACCCAGGAAAAUACACGGACAUUUCUCAAUGUACCUAUCUCGUUGACUCCUAUUUCCCAGGAGACGAUGAAACCAAACUUGAACCACACUAUGUUCUUGACACCGCAACGUGGGAGAAACUCUCAUGCAAACCCUUCCUGGAUAGUCGCCGUACAGGCAUCUUGGGGCGAAUGAUCUGGAUUCCAAACCUCCCAUUUAUUCCCAAGAAAUAUCGACUAUUGACGGGAAGGGCCAGUCCAGUGGCUGAGGCCACCUCCCUUCGACAAGGGAAGCGGCUAGAUAGGAAGCCCGGAGAAUGGAUUCCAUCCGACUUCAAACGCCUUGAUCCAGCUCCAUAUCCCGAUUGGGAUGUCCAUUCAUUUAAACCAAAGCCGUAUCGGCCCUUCAGAUAUGGCCCCAAGUACCACAUCACCAUGGGGCUGCGGGCAAUGAAAUGGGACGAAUGGAUCGAACUAGAUAAUCAGUAUCUCGGCUUCCACGCCGACAAAGCGCGACGCAUUGAGGAGCGAGCAGAUAAAUGCUGUCUCACGACACCCGAGUCAAUGGACGGGGUCAUCGAGCUAUUAGAGGAACUAUGCACUUACCUCCCUCAACGAUAUCCAUCACUCUUCCGCAAAACGUCCGUCGGCAUAGAUAACCUGCUCACCCACGAAUCGUUCAACAUCAUCUCACGCCCGUGGGCCGAGAAUCCGAUAAUAACAUGCAGCCGCCUGAUACAGGAUGACAUAGCGCUGAUGUACGAACGAGCUGAUGGCCAAUACUACCUUCUAGCAGGCUCGAUACUACUAGCAGGCUUCUGGCGAUUAAAGGAUAAAUUCCAAAUGCCGCUCUCUCAAAUCCACACUUCCGGUUCUGUGCCCGGGUAUAAAUCGCAUCUCGAGCGAGGUAUGAUGAACUUCUUCCGUCGAUUGAAGCCGGCCGACCCCGUGUUGCGGAAUAACUAUUUCAUUCAGGUAGAUGACGAGCUAGCUUGGUCUGGCAGUAUUGGGAGCGAGGACGGGGAGACGGUUAGCUGGAACACGGCGGAGAGGAACAAGGUUGUUGAGAGUCAUUAUUUUCGGUCGGAGAGGCAGUCGUUGCGUCGGCUGCCGCGGACGGGCGCGGUGGUGUUUACUAUCCGGACGUAUUUCGAGCCCAUCACUGAGAUUGUCAAGGAGGCGUAUGUGCCUGGUCGAUUGGCGGCGGCGAUUCGGAGCUGGGGGGACGAUGUUGCGAGGUAUAAGGGGCGAGAGAAGUACGGGGAGGUGUUGCUGGAGUAUCUAGAUAGGAAACACGAGGAACAGGUCGCGAAUGGGUUGGAUUUGGGCCUUGAAGAUGAAGUCAGGAGUUAUCCAUACUGA